CGGCAGAGAUGUCUGCCCACUCGUCAUGAAGAGCUUGAAGAGGAUUCAGAGGAGAUGGUGAAUGAUGACUCUGAUUUUGAUCCAGAUGAGGAGAGUGUUCCCAGUAAACGAACAAGGAAAGGAAGGGGUAGAGGGAAACUAAGGUAGAUGCCCAGUCGAUGUGCAGACAGGGGCAGCGGAUGCAGUAAAGACCAGGCUGUUCAAUAUUGUACGCAUGCGUACUGUCAUGUGUUCCGGUUUUGGAAGUUGGCCCACUGGAGGAAAGGUGACGAGUGGUGCAGUCAGUCACUCAACAACAUCGGACAGGCACCAAGCAAGGAUCCAUACAUCUGUGAGUGUCGAGCUACAACUACAGUGCAUAGUCGACUGAGCAUAUACGAUCUGUACUUUAUAACGCUACGAAAUGGCUAACCAAGUCUCCGGGUCCCCCGCUGAGCGGACGUUUCAGUAUCAGAGCGGUCUACCUUCCUUACCUGUCCCGACCCUUGAAGACAGCCUCGCUAAGUACCUGGAUGCAGUUCGUCCGUUUGCGUCUCCAGAGGAGUACCAGACCACAGCGGGCAUCGUGGGGAGGUUUGGGGAGGGGAUUGGCAAGGAGCUGCACCAGAAGCUGCUGCUGAGAGCCAAGAUGAAGAGAAACUGGUUGGAGGAGUGGUGGUUGGACUCUGCAUAUCUGGAGCUGAGAAUGCCCUCCCAGCUGAACGUGAACUUCGGAGGCCCGGCCCCGUACCUGGAGCACUGCUGGCCCCCUGCGGAGGGAGCCCAGCUGCACAGGACCAGCAUCACCUUAUGGCACACUCUACAAUACUGGAACUUGAUCCGGACAGAGAGGCUGCCGACCCAGAGAGCUGCGAAUGUUCCUUAUGAUAUGGACCAAUUCAGAAUGCUGUUCUGUACCUGCAAAGUUCCCGGCGUAGUCAAAGACACCAUCUUAAACUACUUUAAGACCGAGAGUGAAGGGCCGUGUCCCUCCCACGUGGUGGUGAUGUGUCGAGGACGCAUCUUCACGUUCGACGCUCUGUGUGACGGACAGAUGCUCACCCCCCCUGAGAUACUCCGCCAGCUCAGCCAUGUGAAGCAGUGUUGUGAGGGAGAGGGAGAUGGAGACGGAGUUUCCGCUCUCACCUCAGAGGAGCGGACGAGCUGGGCCAGGACCCGGGAGUAUCUGAUUGGUUUAGACCCAGUCAAUAAGACCAUCCUGGAGACCAUCCAGAGCAGCCUGUUUGUGAUCUCUCUGGAUGAUGCCAAACCCUACCCAACUGCGGAAAACUAUACACCGCUGACCCUGCAGACCCUAACUGGUGACCCUGCUAGUCGCUGGGGAGACAAGUCCUACAACCUGCUGUGCUUUGCUGACGGGACCUUUGGAUCCCACUGUGACCACGCUCCAUUUGACGCCAUGGUGCUGGUGACUCACUGUUACCACCUGGAUCAGCAGAUCAAAGCUACAGACGGCAGCUGGAAGGGCACAGCGCAGGUGAGGCUCAUGACCCUUCCAGAGGAGCUGGUGUUCACUGUGGACGACAGAGUCAGGAGGGACAUCAAGCACGCCAAACAGCAAUACCUGGAAACUGCAGCCCAGCUGCAGGUGGUGUGCUGUGCCUUCACCUCGUUUGGAAAGGCAGCCAUCAAGCAGAGGAAGCUCCACCCAGACACCUUCGUGCAGCUGGCCCUGCAGUUAGCCUACUACAAGCUGCAUGGCAGACCAGGAAGUUGUUACGAAACAGCAACGACUCGUAGGUUCUACCAUGGAAGAACAGAGACCAUGCGUCCCUGUACCCUGGAGGCACAGCAGUGGUGUCGGGCCAUGCUGGACCCUGCUGUGACUGAUAGUGCCAGAAGGAGAGCGCUGGGGUUGGCCUUCAACAAGCACAACAGCCUGAUGGCUGACGCCCAGAAUGGAAAAGGCUUUGACAGGCAUCUCCUGGGUCUGUGUCUGAUCGCCAGGGAAGAGGGACUCCCUACUCCGGACCUCUUCACAGACCCCCUUUAUGCAAAGAGUGGUGGGGGAGGAAACUUUGUGCUGUCCACCAGCCUGGUGGGCUACACCACGGUCAUGGGGGCUGUUGCUCCCAUGGUGCACCAGGGCUACGGCUUCUUCUACCAGAUACGAGACGACAGGAUUCUGGCUUCCUGUACGGCGUGGAAGUCCUUCCCAGAGACGGACGCUGAGACGAUGUUCCACACUGUGUGUGUCUCCAUGCAUGAGAUCCUGCAGCUGGCCACCACCGCCCAGCUGUGAUGCCACCACCCUCGUCACCACCCUUAACCCAGUGUCAACACAAGCCAACACUUGUGUUCCUACCUCCCCAGAGACAUACAUUCUUACAUACAAACAUGUAAGAAUGUAUACAAACAGUCCUUAGCUGAACGCUAGUUUUAGUUUGGCUAUUACAUUUGUUUGUACACUGCACUCAAUGAGGCAAAGAUUAUAUAGAGCUGUUGAAUAUUUUUCUACACCAUUUUUUCCACUUAAUUACCACACUGAUUUGUCACAUUUACCAAGUGAUUUUUGGUAAGGUUCUCCUGUUUUUUUUAGGUGACAUUCUGUCAAAAUGUAUGAUAUUUAGAUAUGUUCCUUUUAAAAGAUGUAGCUGUUGAAAUGUGUUGUAUUUAUGUAUCCUUAAAAACAAUGUAGCAAUCAGCAAACAAACCAUGUGUGUGUGGAGCCUGCUGCUGGAGGCUGAGAGGAGGACAGCAGCUCUUGUAACUAGUAGCACUUUAGUAACUUCCUGAUGAGGCCUUAGAUUAAGGUUUAUUAAAUGAGACAUCGUGACAGUAGGAAUAAUGCAGCUGUGUAUAAACGAUCUGUCUCUACGGUAGAUCAAGGAAAGGUCUUGACCAUAAUCGAUCUGGUAACUGAUUGUAUCUUUUCUUGAGCUUUGUAUGGACAUUAGCCAGUCUCUUUUGAUCAAGUUUAAUCACAACUGUAAAAUACAAUACAGUAUAGUACUGUUUUAUAGUACUGAUUUGGUAUUCUGAUCUGGCAUAGGAAACUCUUCAGGUUGAAAAGCUUUUGAAAGGGCCUCCUUGAGUUCACCUGUCUAAUUCCCUCAACCAGGCCUAUAGAAGCCUUUGAGAAAUUUAGCGUGAUUUGACUGGAUUAUGAUGAACAGAAUCUGCACUUACAUCAGUCAAAUGGAAAUAAAUAUCAAUUUUGAUUGUGUUUGAAGUCACUGUACUCGCUGUGCUGUAGGGCUACUUUUUACUGUGAGUGACCGCUGAAUGUUUAGGUGCCGUGAAUCUGAGGCGUGAUUAAAGACAUGAGGACACAUGACACU